CCAUGCGUCGCUGGAGCGAGAGGGGAAGCGAGCAGCUGCGGAGCAGCAAGCAGCGGCUGCCUGGGAAAGCUGGUUCAAGCUCCCUUCGGUGCACAGAGCCCCGGAGCUCGGCGAGCCCCUUCGCUAGCCAGCACCUGGGCUGCGUGCAGGGCGCUGCCUGCAGCGCAAGGACCCCGGUGCUAAAUGCAGCAUCUAAAUGCUUUUUAUUCUGGGUGCGUUGGUCCUUUCUCCUUCCCAGCUGCAGUUCGAGCUGGGGCAGCCGGGGCUGCCCCAAACCCGUCCUCCUUCAGUCGGAGCUUGCUUUCUCCCUGGCUAUAUAACUUGGGCAAGCGGCAUGGGCCGGCGAAGCGUCCGGGAGGGGAGACGCGCGCGGAGCCCGGGCGGCUGUCGGCCGGUGCCGCCCUCGCUCUGCGCUGAGGUCGCGCGGCCGGCAUCGCAGGGCCAGCAAGGCUCCCCGAGGAACCAGUCAGCCUUCGUGGAUGGGUCCGGGAGCGCCGUGACUUACUACGUAACCUCGCGGAGCAACCGCACCUCCGCCGUGCUGUACGACGGCGAGAACGGCUACGUGUGCUACAAACCCGCGGAGCAGCGCGCGUGCUACCUGCGGAGGAUGGACUCCUGGGACCUGCAGAACCUCCGGAUGGCUCUCAACGCGUCCGAGCAAGGAGUUGACCAGCCGCCGCUUCGGAAUAACCAAACCAAGUACUACCGAGAGUUCCUGGGCAUUUCGGCACGGAAACCGGUGGAUCCGAAAAGCUUGGGGGAGGCUGUCCAAAACCUGUGCGAAGAGACCCCCAUCUUCUGGGCCAGGCGAGGGGAGGAUCCAGGGAGGCAGCGACUGAUCUACCUUUGCAUUGACAUAUGCUUCCCAAGCAACGUUUGUGUCUCUAUCUGCUUCUAUUACCUCCCCGAGUAAGUCCUGUGGCCACGGGUGCCCCCUCGUCGCUCCGCAUACUUGAACCGACUCCUGAAAAACCUGAUUUCAACAAGGAAGGUAACAUCUAUGACAUCCCCGAAGCACCUCCCGCCCUUUCAUACGGCAGUUCGAGAGAGUUUAGGAAAACAACAGAGCUCUGUUCAGCUUCGUCGGUACAGACAUUUUAUUUGCAGCUGCGCUCCAGGGCUGCAUCUCACGUGUAGCUAUCAGUAGAUCUAGACACAGACGGAUCGUGGGGAGUAGCUAGUGUUUUAUGGCCACGUGCCCUGUUCAACACAAGGUUAUCACUUGGCCGGGGCUAUUAAUUUUGUCAGAGCGCCAUUCUCGAAGCAAGUCUGUGAAAUACACUUUGAAUAAAGGGAUUGCAAAACGAGAA